AUGACUACCAUGGAUUUGCGUGUCGGCAACAAGUACCGGAUCGGUCGCAAGAUCGGCUCCGGUUCUUUUGGCGACAUUUACCUCGGAACCAACAUCAUUUCCGGUGAGGAGAUUGCCAUCAAGCUUGAGUCUGUCAAGGCCAAGCACCCCCAGCUCGAGUAUGAGGCUCGUGUGUACAAGUCGCUGGCCGGCGGUGUUGGCAUCCCCUUCGUCCGCUGGUUCGGCACCGAGUGCGACUACAACGCCAUGGUGCUCGACCUCCUCGGACCCAGUCUGGAAGAUCUCUUCAACUUCUGCAACCGCAAGUUCUCGCUCAAGACAGUCCUGCUUCUCGCCGAUCAGCUCAUCUCUCGCAUUGAGUACAUCCACGCCAAGUCGUUCAUCCACCGUGAUAUCAAGCCCGACAACUUUCUCAUGGGCAUCGGCAAGCGUGGCAACCAGGUCAACGUGAUCGAUUUCGGUCUGGCCAAGAAGUACCGGGACCCCAAGACCCACUUCCACAUUCCGUACAGAGAGAACAAGAACCUGACGGGCACUGCCCGAUAUGCCUCCAUCAACACCCACUUGGGUGUCGAGCAAUCUCGUCGUGACGAUAUGGAGUCCCUGGGCUACGUCAUGCUCUACUUCUGCCGUGGCUCUCUUCCCUGGCAGGGUCUGAAGGCUGCCACCAAGAAGCAGAAGUACGACCGUAUCAUGGAGAAGAAGAUGACCACCCCUACCGAGGUCCUGUGCCGUGGAUUCCCCAACGAGUUCGCCAUCUACCUCAACUACACCCGGUCCCUCCGCUUUGACGACAAGCCCGACUACAGCUACCUGCGUAAGAUCUUCCGCGAUCUCUUCGUGCGUGAGGGCUUCCAGUACGACUACGUCUUCGACUGGACCGUCUACAAGUACCAGAAGAACGCACAGGCCAUUGCCCAGGCUGCCGACGACGAGGACAAGGCUCGUGCAGGCCGCACGAACGCCGCCGCCGCCGGUCAGGUCCCCUCUGGUGCCGCCAAACCCAAUGCUAUUCCCAGCUCCCGCCGCAAGGUGAUCGAACGUGGUGCUCCAGGUGUAGACACUCCGGAAACCAACCGUGCCGUCGGCGGAAGCGACAGGAUGUGA